CACGCCUCGACCAACGCUUAUCCCGUCCCCUCAGCUAUGCUCUCUUCACCCCAGCUGCACCCUCAUUGCCCUAGCUGCCGUCCCUUCGCCAUCUUGCGCUCCAAGCGCAAGCUCAAGUCAUCUCAUUUUGGUCCCUUCAUCCCUCUGAAUCCACACACCCUGCCGCCUCUACGCUCAUGCUCUGCUCCGCGUGGGCGGCCCAUCCGGACGGUGCGCCUGCUCCUCCCCUCCCUGCAGCCACUCGGAGCGCAGCUUGGGCUCCCCAUCUCCGAGUCCCCGUUGCCGCCACUUGCCCCCCCUUUCUUGCACAACACCCCACCCCUUAACCCUGCUGUUCCCACAUCCGCCUCAACACGAGCGCUGCCUGAGGCCUCGCCAUGGGCUGAACUGCCCCCACCGCCCGCUAUUUCCGUCCUCGCACCGAAGGAAGGCGGUGCACGGAAGAAGCUCGUACCGAAGCGUGCAUCCAAGUCCAAGCUCGCCAUCGGCAUAGACGCUGGCACUAGCACUGCCAGCGGAUGCAGCAAGGAAAACCGCACGCUCGGUCGCAGCCACGGCCACGCGAACAUCAACAACGAUGUUUCGGAUGAUGCGCGGCGCGCCGGUGCUACUUCGAAGAAGGGCCUUCGAGAUCUAUGUCGACUUUGCGAACGCGAGCGGGUGCAAUGAUGCCGACACGGUGCUCCUGUGCACAUUGAACAGCUUGAGGAGACAGACCGGAAGC